CACUUUUGUUCGUUAACGAGUGUAAUUGUUGUCGAUUAGGUUGCUGAUUAGUUAGAGGUAUAUUACAUUCAUAUUUGACAGAUGAUUUAUUGAUGAGUUUAAGUAAGACUUACUUGCACUGAUAAAAUAGUGUAAGUAAGACUAACUUACUUUAAGCUGGUGCUUUAAAUAUAUUGCAUUUUAAGCUAUUUAAUAAGUCAUCCUUAUGUUGAUUAGUUAGUGUAUUGAGGGAAUAAUAGCAGUGACAAACAUAAUAUCGUAGGUGUGGUGAAACAAAAAUACUUAUCCGAGUCAAUGGCGAGUAUGGAACUUCUCACGUCGUACUAUACGGGCAUUAUAACGUCACGAUUGGAUCGUGAUGACGAAAUCUUACGCAACGGAGUCCAACACACGUGUUUCCACGAGAUUGGCGAGAUUGUGAUGCGAAGACAUGUUGAAGGAUCAUGCUUACUCACGGUGCUGGGAUACAUUCUUAUUGGAACAAUGACCAUAAGCCAAGUUCCACAGAUUUUCAAAAUCCUACGAAAGCGUAGCACCCUUUGUGUCAGUUUCUGUAGUCUCCUGCUACUACUACAAGCAUCGUCAUCCACAGUGGCAUAUGCAAUCUACAACAGAUUAUCAUUUAGCGCGUGGGGCGAACACAUUGUGCUGAUGUUUAUGUUCGUGGUGUUGGUGUGCCUUCUCUUGCAAUACAACCAACGGCCUAUUGCCUCUCUGGUAUUCAUGACGGUAUAUAUCUUGUGUAUGGUGCUGCUGCUAUGGCCAUCCGUGCCCCAACGUCUGGUCCAGACGCUGUAUCUUCUUAGCAUGCCAGCCAUGGUAUUAAGUCGGGUGCUGCAAAUGUAUAAGAUUCACAGGACGAAGUGUCCCGGGCAGCUGUCGGCAACAUCGUCAUUUCUGUGCAUUUUCCAUGGACUUGGCAGAAUAACUACAUCCAUAUUAACCACUGGUGACCGACUUAUGAUUAUUGCUUUUGCCAUUGGUAGUUUAUUUAAUGUUUUAUUGUUUUUGCAAGUUAUGUUUUAUAGACGAAAAACUAAGAAAGUUGCAUAGUAUCCCCUACUAAAAUAUUGAGAUUUGUAUAUAUUUAUAAUGUAUACAGAAACAGUUUCAUACAUUUUGCGAUCCAUCAUUAUACCAGAAAAUCUAUGCGGCGUUUUGUUACAAAUCUGUUUUAUGAUGAGACCAUUCUUGUGCAAUAGUAUAGUCGGCAGCGGUGUACAUUUCAUAUUGACAUCAUUUUAUACGAUAUACCACUUAUUCAAUACACUUUAUUAUGUGUUGCUCCUAUGAAGCCCGAUAUAUAAUGUAUAUGUUAUAUGUUUUGUAAAUAUUUACGUUUUACUUAAAAAAGAUAAUGUUGUUUUG